CCACGCAUGCGCGGCCGGACGCCCGGGGGCGGCGCUGCUCCAUCCGGGUACCCGGUGGUCGGUGGCUGUUUUGUUUUCUCCGCUAAAAACUAGGGGAAAGUCAGGCGUCCCCGCGCUGCGCGACACCGGGCUCGGGACCGACUGCACGAGCCGGGCUGGACUGACCUGAAAAAAAUGUCUGGAUUUCUAGAAGGCUUGCGAUGCUCAGAAUGCAUUGAUUGGGGGGAAAAGCGCAACACUAUUGCCUCUGUUGCUGCUGGUGUUCUAUUUUUUACAGGCUGGUGGAUUAUCAUAGAUGCAGCUGUCAUUUAUCCCACUAUGGAAGAGUUCAACCAUUCAUACCAUGCCUGUGGUGUCAUAGCAACCAUAGCCUUCCUGAUGAUUAAUGCAGUAUCAAAUGGACAAGUCCGAGGUGAUAGUUACAGUGAAGGUUGCCUGGGUCAAACAGGUGCUCGCAUUUGGCUCUUCAUUGGUUUCAUGCUGGCCUUUGGAUCUCUGAUUGCAUCCAUGUGGAUUCUCUUUGGAGGUUAUGUUGCUAAAGAAAAAGCCAUCGUAUACCCUGGAAUUGCUGUAUUUUUCCAAAAUGCCUUCAUCUUUUUUGGAGGACUGGUUUUUAAGUUUGGCCGCACUGAAGACUUAUGGCAGUGAAAACACCCGAUUUACUUCUGCACAGCAGCCCUGCGUGGGUUUUUACUGCUCGCUCCCAAUUUUUUGUAAUGCCAUUUUCUAAACUCAUUUUUGAGUGUAGUCUCAGCUUCAGUUUGUGUAAUACUAAAAUCAUGAGAAUUUCCUAUGUAAACAACAACAAAAAUCUGUUGUGUGCAUCGGAUUAACUUAUAAAAUGUUGAAAAUAUGCCACAUGAGUAAUUUGUAUUAAGUUUUAUCAUGGUGUAAUUUGUAAAAAUAAAUUACAAAAAAUAUUAUGGAUGCAUCUUAUACAAGCAUUUGUCAUAUCCAAGGUCCAAAACUAUAAUUAAAGUGCUCUGAAGAUUUAA